UAAAAGAAAAAAAAAAGAAAAUGGGUUGCUGCAUAUCCAGGUCCUCCGAGGAGGAGGGCGUAAUAGCACCAAGGUACCCAGCCGGCAGCCGCACCUCUAGGAUUUCAGGUUCUUCCCGAGCAAUCAACCGCCGUGAGUUAGAUGCUGGAGGCUCGCCAGCUCCCACAACAGCAGCUGGAACACCAGCAGGGUCACAACUCCGCGGCAUAGGAGGCGGUUCGUCAGUAACCAGUGAUGAUCGACAACCCCUUACUUCUCACCCUCCUUCAGGGGCAACAACAUUCUCUCACCAACCACGACAAGAACAACAAGAACAACAACAACCAGGUGAACAACGAGAACAACGACGACGGAGUCAUCGUCGCCGUUCUUCUCAGCACCGUGCGGCACGAGUGGACAAGUGAUGGCACAGUAUGGACGCGCGCAGCUUUGGAUCGCGAGCGGGUCGAGUUCUUUGAUACUAGAGUCACGGGCAGGCAGGAGGUGUGGCUGGCCAUUCACGCCGCGCUGGAGAUUUUGUGGCAUCAGGAGCAGGUGGAUGCGGCUGCGGCUGCGCAGCAUGGUGACGGAACGCUUGCGGCACCAAGUGACUACGAAGGCGAAGAAGGCCAAGGUGAAGGACACAGCAGCGGUGUAGAGGAGGACGACGACGACGACAACGGCAGGGAAGUAGCCCUAGCAACCGCUCAAACCAUCCUCAACGCCGCCGAGAUCACGCUUCCCACCGGCAACUUGGCACAGGGAGGAGCGUACGAUUUACUAGGAAAUCAUUACUCGCUUCCGGAACACAUUGUUUCAGAUCCUACGAAUAUUUCGACGAGUCGACCACCUUCCUCCAUGGAAGCCGAUGAAGAUGAGGAAGGAUACGCGGAUACGGACACCAAGGGUGCUGUGUCAGUAGCCAAUGAAGAAGUUACCGAGGGCGCCAGCCAGGAGGCUUUGGAAAAUGGUGAUGAGGUCUGCUCCUCCUCCGAGCGUCAUCACAGGGGGAAGAAAGGCAAAACGGUGGUGAAUGUUAGGGAUCUGAUCAAUGUCAGGGUGAGGUUGAGUGAUGGGAGCAGAGACGUUAUCGUGCAAGUCGACAAAGGGGAUUCGGUACGGGUUCUUGGGAGGAAGGUUGCUGAGAACGCAAAGCUCUCCUCAAACAAAAAGAUCCGCAUAGCCUACAUGGGCAAGGUCCUCAAAGAAACAUCCACCCUCCCUGACCAAGGCUGGAAACAAGGAACCAUUGUCAAUGCCCUGGUUUUCAAUCGGUAGCCACAUUGUGAACCAGCGGAGUUUGACAGAAUGAUUUCCGCCAUAACCAAUCCACCUCCGUCUCCCCCCUCCAGAAGCAGGAGACAACACCGACAUCCCGCGGCGAAUACAGCCACGGCUAGUUCCAGUCGACAACAGCUUCCUCCGCAGCAGCAGCAGCAGCAGCAAGUCGCUUUUGACCAAUUUCUAUCGCUACAGCUGUGGCGAGUCAAUACGAUGCCUCAGUAAAGAGGGCACAGUAGGGCGUAUCGUAUGGGGUUGCUGACUGGCAUCUAUCUGGCUGGUCCUUCCUCGCUCCUCACAUUCCAAGAUAACCAACCCCAAAACACGGCGCCGGCGCCGAAGAGCGCAACGGCGACAGCACCGACCAAUCCAUGAGCGCCGAGUCAUCCCAACAUUUCAACAAGAAUACCUACCUGCCUAUCUAUACCUUAAUAUCACGACACCCUUCAACCACACAAAUAAACCGGCCCCGUUUCAACGAGAAGGGUCGCGUUCCGGGCACCACCCCGUCUACAUCAUAUCACAUUUGAUAAUACCUAUUCAUCACUUCAACCUUCCUUUUAAGAACGAAUAUGAUACCAUUUCCCUAUUUUGUUUCAUUAACAAGACACCUGGGAGGACAUCUUCAAAGACUUACUUUUUUCAUAUGUCAUGGUUAAUGGCGGAAACAAAAUCCACGUCAUACACCGCAUACGAUACCUUACUUAUACCCCUUUUCCUUUCUUCGCCUACCUACGUACCAAUAAUUUUUUUUUUUUUUUUUUUUUUCAUAAUGUGCAAUUAGGCAGACAGCAUAUCGCCGAGCAAUUACUUUCUACUUUUUACUUUUACUACUGUUUAAUCUUUACUUUUGUACCCAAGUUUGUGCUCUGGGUGGGGGAAGGGUCGUAUGGCAUAAUCAUGCCGUGGAGAAAGGAAUGGAUAAGAGACCGCAGUGGAAGGAGGAAAUGAGUGAUGGAAGGGAUGGUGGACGAAGUUAUGGGUGACUAUAUAUGAAUGAGAAUAAUGCGCGUGUCUGUUUG